AUGUCUUCUGAUGCAUCUGAAAUCAACUUAAAUGCAUCGAACGAUGCAAGAUCGAAUACACCACGUGAUUCUAUAUUGCAGAAGCUUCCUGCGAAACAGAAAUCAAUUAGAGACUCUUCCGGCUACAUCAGACUCUGGGAUUGCUUUAAUCAAGUGUCACAGGCGUCUUUGGUUUUCGAGAUUUUUGAAAGCGCAGAUCCUUGUGACUUCAACCAAGUCAGUGAGGAAGGUACUGUUGCGAAUGAGCUCUUGUGCGUAGCAUUGUCAAUGGAUGCAACGCGUUUUGUGACCGGGGGGAGUGAUACCAUUAUCAAGGUUUACGACUUGACGACAAGACUGCGUCUUUUAAACUUAAAAUCAGGAUCGAGAACCUAUCUAACAAAGGAGUGCACGCAUCACACGAGUCGCAUUUCCGCCUUAGUCUAUCAUCCCAGAGGAAAAAAUGACCAGCUGUAUAGUCAUAUCUUUGUUUCUGCCAGUUGGGAUCAGACCAUACAGAUAUGGGAUGACCGAAAAGUAGCGUCCCUUUGGCACUAUUACGGUCCACAAGUUGUGGGAUCGGAUGGUUUAGACAUAGAUGGCAUGCAGAAUAUCAUUGUGGCUUCUUCAUGGGUCCGCAGUGGUGUUAUGCUAAAAAUGUGGAAAUUUGCAGAUUUUUCCAUCACUGGAAGCUCGUUAGCUGCAAAACGCAAAGUACUUCAAAAUUACAGCAAACCCGUCAACGAAGUGACACUUGAAGGUUCUGACUCCACAACUCAGGGCUAUGUUGCUCGGAUGGGCGGAGAAGGUCGCUACAUUUUCUACGCCGGUUAUGGAAUGAACGUUCUCAAAGUAAUUGACCGCGAAAGCAUGAGCAUUGUUGCAGGUCUGACUGACCUCCCAAAUGCGGUCUACAGCCUGGACUCUUGUCUCGAUCCCCGAGACAAACGGCGGUGCCUGAUCGUCUUCACCAAUGCAAAAAAUGUCUACCUAGCUUCAGUGCAGUCAAGAAUGAAUUUCCUGGAAGUAGCUUCAGCGUAA